AGAAGAACUACCCAAGGGAAAAAAACAGGAAAAGAAAGAACAACACAUGGAACCAGCAAAGUCACCAAAGAAGGAACAGUCAGCUCCAAGUGAAAAACACAUUAAAGCAAAGACUGAACGAACCAAAGAAGAGGUUGGUUCUGCCUCAUCGAAAAAAGCUGUACCUGGAAAGAAGGAAGAGAAAACAACCAAGACAGUGGAGCAAGAAAUUAGAAAAGAAAAAUCUGGGAAGACUUCUUCAGUUCUGAAGGAUAAAGAGCCUAUUAAGGAAAAAGAAGUAAAGGUUCCAGCCUCCCUAAAGGAAAAAGGCAAAGAAGUCAAGCCCAAGUCUCCACAGCCACAAGUAAAAAAACAAGAGAAGCCAGAGUCACAAGUUAAAAAGGAAGCAAAACCAGCUUCAUCUGAAAAAGCUCAAAUACACAAACAAGACACAGUGAAACCAGAAAAGGCUAUUUCUCAUGGUAAACCAGAUGAAAAAGUUGUCAAGCAUGUAAAAGCUACCACAGUAGGAAAAACAGUCAAACCCAAACCAACAAAAAAAGCUGAACAUCAAGGAAAAGAAUCUCCAUCUAUCAAAACAGACAAACCAAAACCAACUCCAAAGGAAACACCAAAAGUAACAGAAUCAGGUAAAUAUUUGCUUUCCCAGAGGAGGUAACAUAGAUCUAUAGGAAUAGUAUUUAAAUUUGAAUCUCUAUAUAGCUGCGUAACGUUUGGGAAAAUCCAUUAACAGCUCAGAUUCCGAGUUUACUCAUGUAUAGAAUAGACAUAAUGACUUUCCAAAAGGCUUGUGAUAAGUAUGAAAUGAAAUAACGUAUAU